AAGACACUCGGAAAUCAUCAGCACCACCAACAGCAGGACCAGCGCCGCCCUGAAGAGAGAGUUAGAGAGAGAGAGAGAGAGAGCUCCAGACACCCCCGCCCCUCCCCUGCACACUCCCCACCUAACAACAACCUCAGCCCCGCAGCGAGGCUCUCUCACAACGACCCCACCCCGCCCCCAACCCCCCUGAGAGAGGGCACGGAGCGAGACACACACCGAGGAAGACGAAGAAGAAGAAGAAGGAGGAGGAGGAGGAAAAAAAAAAAUCGAAGAAGACCGCUUCGGGUUGCCCUCAAUCCGGGCCUACUAAUGCUGUAGCAGAGAGAGGAAGAGCGACAACAGCGCACUGAUUGAGGAGUCGGCGUCGGGGUGGACCAAGGCGGAACCCGGGGGGGGGAACACGACGCUUGUUCAUUCGCUCGUUCGUUCGUCACCAUCAUGGGAUGUACGCUGAGCGCCGAGGAGCGAGCCGCUCUGGACCGCAGCAAGGCCAUCGAGAAGAACCUGAAGGAGGACGGGAUGGUGGCCGCCAAGGACGUCAAACUGCUGCUGCUCGGCGGUGGAGAGUCCGGCAAAAGCACUAUCGUCAAACAAAUGAAGAUUAUCCAUGAAGAUGGCUUCUCUGGGGAUGACGUGAAGCAGUAUAAGCCUGUGGUCUACAGCAACACCAUCCAGAGCUUGGCAGCCAUCCUGCGAGCCAUGGACUCGCUGGGAAUCGAAUUUGGAGACAAGGAUCGAAAAGCGGAUGCCAAGCUGGUGUGCGACGUCGUGAGUCGCAUGGAGGACACGGAGCCAUACUCUGCGGAGCUUCUCAGCGCCAUGAAGCGUGUUUGGGUUGACGCUGGGACUCAGGAGUGCUUCAACCGAGCCCGCGAAUACCAGCUUAACGACUCGGCCCAAUACUACCUGGACAGUUUAGACCGUAUCGGGGCUGCAGACUACCAGCCCACAGAGCAGGACAUCCUGAGAACCCGAGUGAAGACCACCGGCAUUGUGGAAACCCACUUCACCUUCAAAAACCUACAUUUCAGGCUCUUUGACGUGGGAGGGCAAAGGUCAGAAAGGAAGAAGUGGAUCCACUGCUUUGAGGAUGUGACCGCCAUCAUCUUCUGCGUGGCCUUGAGUGGUUAUGACCAAGUGCUCCACGAGGAUGAAACAACUAAUCGCAUGCACGAGUCCCUCAUGCUCUUCGACUCCAUCUGCAACAACAAGUUCUUCAUCGACACCUCCAUCAUCCUCUUCCUCAACAAGAAGGACCUCUUCGCAGAGAAAAUCAAGAAGUCGCCGCUGACCAUUUGUUUUCCCGAAUACACAGGUGCUAACACUUACGACGAUGCUACCGCCUACAUUCAGGUCCAGUUCGAGAGUAAGAACCGCUCUCCCAAUAAGGAGAUCUACUGUCACCUGACCUGUGCCACGGAUACAGGGAACAUCCAGGUAGUGUUCGAUGCCGUCACUGACAUCAUAAUCGCAAACAAUCUGAGAGGAUGCGGCUUAUACUGAGCACGGCUGUCGUCGCAGAGCCUGAGGCGUUAUUGAUCAUUUUCAGAAUACUUUAAAAAAAAAAAAAAAACAAAAAAAAAAAAAAAACACACACGCAAAUAUGUAAUUCUACACGUCCGAAAUGGACCCAAAGAGCUGCCGCCAGACAUCACGUCAGAUUCAUGUCAUGAUUUUUGUGCCCUUCCUCUUCUUAUGAGUUCACAACACCAGUUUUGUCUUUGAAUGUUAAUGAUUUGUUGAUGAGCGUAAACAAACAACUGGGGGAGGGGGCAGGAGCGACAGCACAAAUGCAGUGCAGAAGGGGCAAAACACCCCAAAUAUUGUCUGGUGCUGCGUUUCUCAAAGCUGUAAGAUGGCGGAGAACAUGCUGAUAAUAUAAUCGCGGGAAGGCGCCAUUGUUGUCUCUCCUUCAGAGGGCCACACACAUGACUGAGUAGCCCGCAGGUCUGUUCCACUCCUUGUCUCUUGUACUUCAACAGAAAGAGACUAUUAUCCUGUGUAGAGUGGUCUCGAACCCGCCUCUGAUUUGGGGGGGGGAGUCAUAUCGGUGCCAACCAUCUGAGAACAGAUUAGUAUCAUAGUUGGCUAUUAUUUAAGGUUAUGACCAUGGAAUAUUUUUUUUUUUAGUUUUUUAUUUAAGCCUCAUGCCCCUUCCUCCAACCUCCUGAAUGCCACACAUUUGAUUUCCAAACGUACUUGUAGCCCUCAAUGUGAAUCUGUUUAGACAUAGAAGACUGCACAAGGAGAAUAUCAUUGCAGGCAGCCUUUGUCUGGGGAGAAACUAUCAUAUUCCAAGCCUCUAUCUUAAAACAUUCUCCCCUCCCAUCUAUCAUCAUCAUUCCCUUUUCACACACAGAAGUACAGCUCUUCAUUUUCACCCAUACACCGCAUUCCUGUAUACACAUCUCCCCUCAUAUCCUAUCCCUCCUCACCUUAAAAGCACCGUAUUGUAUAUAAAUAUAUUACGAUUAUACCAGAUUUUUCUUUUUUUUACUGUGAAUGUUUUUGUGCUGCACCCCAUCUCUUAUUCUCUAGUUCAUUGGUUGCUCUCAUGUGGAAUGUUUGUGCUGAGCCAAUCGAAUGUUGUGUUUACAUUAAAGCUACACUUUUCCUAACUAUUUCCCGUGUGUGUGUGCGUGCGCUCAUGCUCUCAAAAUUGAAAACACGGUCAUUUUGGGUUAGGUCGCAAAAUGAGAAUGGACCGCCACAAACGUGGAGAUUCGGAGCAGCUCUUGCAUGGCCGCGCUGGCUGGAACGUAUUAUCCAAUCAGGAUGAACGUGAAAAAUGUGGCGCGGGCGAGCCAGUUUAUUAGGUUAAAAGUGUUUCAUCCUCACAGAUGAGCGGCCAUUAAUUUAUUGAAUGACUGCUGGAUCAGCUGUCUGACCCGCUUCUGUCACUUUAAUGGCUGUGAUGUUCAUUACCGCGCUGCUUCGCCUUCAUGGGGCGGCCUCCUUUCACGCAAUUACAAGUUAGCAGGUUGGCAAUCCCAGUGUGACACCAUUAAUAGACCUUUUAAUUAUACAUUUAGGACUCUUCUCAUAUUUAACAAGAGUGCUUAGUCACAUUUAGGUCACAAUCUGCAACAGACUGAUAUCAGCUUUUCAAGUUAUACCACCCAAGAGCAGUCUUGUAAUGCAGUACAAAUACUUUGUUACUGUAAAAUGUUCUGUACAUGACUUCGUCAGUAAGACUUCUGGCAACUUUCACUUUACUCCAUUACAUUUUCUAAAUAAAAUUAAACUUUUACUCUGCUACAUUUCCUCUAAUCCUCUUCAUUACGUGUUACUGCAAAAUAAAAAUAAAAUUACAAGAAAGCGAAGCAAAAAAAGUCCCGCGAGGCAUCCAAUUUACCCACAUGCUGCUGACUGCUGCUCACGCAACACAUCCAGCAGCACAUGACGACCAAAACGACUGCAAUGGUUGUGGCGAUAACAAGGAUGACGUAAGGUCAAGCCCUUGCAGCGUGACCCUGGUCAACAGGGACGAGCUCUCAUUUUAAAAUGACAGGAAGUCAAAUCACUCAGGAUGAGGAAAUGAAAUGAAACAGACAAGCUGCUGUGUGAGUUACUGGUUCAAGAUAAACCCAAGCAACUAAACUGUCACACAAGUGGAGAAAGGAGCGUCUCAUCGGACAAACUGCACUGCUACCACUGAUGGUAUUUGGUUUGACUAAAUGUGUACAUGCUAAUGCUAAUAUAAGCGAUGUUUCAUAUUUAUUUGCAAGUGUUAAUUGAAUGUUACCAGUACUCUAGUUAUCAGCUGAAUCAGUUGCUUUACAUGCAAAUAUGCUAACUUGUCAAUGCUAAGUACCAUGUGGCCUGUAAAUGUGCUUUACAAAUUAGCAACCUUUAGCUUGUUUUAGGUUAGCUCAGCAUGUGCUGCUUAUUUUUUGGUAUUAUGAAUGCCUAUGCUAUUCGUUAUUUAAGGUGUGUUUAAGAAUUUCAAUAAAUCCCGUCAAAUAACCCCACACAUCUGUGAGCAGAUUUUUUUAGGAAAGCUUUUCAUACAGGAGAUGAAGUGCCUCUUAUACUAACCUCAAGUAACAGAAAUAUUGGCAUACAACAACUCCCCAUCCAACCCGAAGAAGCACAUCGAGGUAGGUUAAAUUAAUUGAUAUUAAUCCAGUGAAGCCAAAAUGUCAAUGUUUUUUUUAGUUAUCAUGGGCUUGUUUAGGCAUAUGGGUAACGUGACGGCCAGGCAACGAGUGCAAACUUCGCUCAUUAGCCAUGCAGAUCUUUAACUACUGUAUGCUAAUGAGGUAAAAUAGACAAAAUAAAAACAAA